UCGUCUAACCGCCAGGACCGAUAGGCAAGCAGUAGUUGCGUCCCUUGUUGGAACUCUCCUCGUACGAAAAAAAUCCGCGAGAUUGUAAACUGGACUGACUGGAAAUUCAGGCCCUAACUCAAGAAUAUAAACCAGUUAUCAUGUUGGGAGAAACAGGUUAUGAUGAUGACACAGAAGAUGAGGAUGAAGAGGAAAAUUGGCAGGACACGUCAUGGGGAUGUACAGACAUACAAUCCAGUGAAUCCACCAAGUCUCGGUCUCAAUUGAAGGAUAAAUGUGUGAAUCCUGUCACUAAGCCUUCCAGCAGUGUAAUGUUACCUGCAGGCACCAGUCACGGGGUAGUGGACCAAGGUCUAAUGAGCCGGAUGCUUCUCAAUGAUAACAAGGCUGGCAUGGAAGGCCUUGAUAAAGACAGAAUUAACCAGGUUAUAUUGGAGGCUUCCAAAGGUUCCAAGUAUUUUGAGAAUGAAAAAAAGAAGGAAGAACAGGUGAACAAAAAGAUAGAAGAACAGAUGGCAAAGCUGAAAAAGAUUAGUGAUGUUGAACUACGGCAGGGAUUGACUGAGGCUGACCGGCUAUUAGAGGAACUGGAAGGUCAGCGAGACCUGAGUCGGGUCAUUGUACACAUAGACAUGGACGCUUUCUAUGCAGCUGUUGAGAUGAGAGAGGACCCGACACUCAAGGACAAACCUAUGGCUGUCGGGGGCUACUCUAUGCUGUCUACCUCCAACUACCUGGCCCGUAAGUUUGGUGUGCGCGCGGCCAUGCCAGGCUUCAUUGGUAAAAAGCUGUGCCCAGACCUGAUUAUGGUCAAGCCAAACUUUGAAAAGUACACAGCUGUCAGUAGAGAAAUACGAUUAGUCAUGUCGGAUUACGACCCUAACUACUGUCCAAUGAGUUUAGACGAGGCUUAUCUAGACAUCACUGAUCACCUCGACAAAAGGAUUCAUUCUUCAGAAGUUGAUCGAACGUUUCUCUGUCGUAAGUCUGACAGUAAGGACGGUAACUGUAAUUGUGAUCUCAACACUGCCGCAAGGGACGCUGUGUUAACAGCAAGGCUGGGUUGCCAUCAGAAAAACUCUGAAUUAUCGUCCAUGGGAGAAAAUACUCGAGGGGCUGGCUCUGUUCCAACAGAACCUGAUGGGAAUAAGUCGGAUGAACGGUUGCCCCAUAACUACAGUGAGGUCACUUUGGCCAGUAGAGAUCUAACUGGAGGACCAUGUCCAAUAUGUGGGAAGCCUUUCCCUCCAUAUGAUGUUGUGACCUUCGGCUUCUCUGCAGAAGAUUCAGUCAAAGAAAUGAGGUCAAGGAUUGAACAGAAAACUAAACUAACAUCAAGUGCAG